AUGGCGUCGGUCAGCUCGCGAGACAACCUGUUUCGGUUCUCACUCCGGCUCGACGUAAUCGAGCGGGCAGCAUGGGAAGUGCCGUCGUAUCUGCGUGCCCUCUGUCUCCAGAAGGGCCAGUCGGAGGAAAGCUGCCGCAACUACGUGAUGGUACUGCAAAGCUUCGGUAGCCAGGUGUACGUGUGCGGUACGCAUGCCUACAGCCCGCGGUGUACCGUGCGACAGAUGGAGGACCUUACGGUGCAGCGGGACGACGACGGGGUGGCAAAAUGUCCGUUCAACCCGCACGCCAACAUGACGGCACUGACGUCGGACGAAGGCCAGCUGUUUGUCGGUUCGGCGACCGAUUUCUCCGGCUCCGACUCGGCCAUCCUGCGGUCGGACAUAGCACAAAACAGUUCCCGUAUCUUGCGGACGGUCCAGUACAACUCGGCACUCCUUAACGAACCCCAGUUUGUGGGUAGCUUCGAGCACGGUGGCUUCAUCUACUUCGUGCUGCGUGAGGCGGCCGUGGAGUACAUGAACUGUGGCAAAAUCGUCUACUCGAGGAUCGCGCGCGUCUGCAAGAACGACCCGGGCGGGACUUACGGUAUCCUGAAGGACAACUGGACUUCGUUCGUGAAGGCUCGACUGAACUGCUCGCUGCCGGGAGACUACCCAUUCUACUACAACGAGGUGCAGGGCAUGGUGUAUUCACACGACGAGGGUGUUCUGUACGCCACCUUCACCACACCGGAGAACAGCAUCCACGGAUCGGCCAUCUGCGCAUACAACAUGUCCGCCAUACAGGCCGCCUUUGGAGGAGCUUUCAAGCACCAGGAAUCGAAAGGUGCUGCUUGGCGAGCGCAGGAGGUCGGCAACCGUGACCACUACGAGUGCCGCGGGACAAGCGGAAGCACCGGACGUCACAUGUCACUGAUCGAAGCAUCCAAGUACCAGCUGAUGGAUCAGGCAGUGCAGCCCCUGAUGGGACGUCCGCUGCAUCACGCGGAGCUCGAGCGCUUCAGUCACAUCGCGAUUGACAUCAUCCCGACGAAGCUACACGAACGGGUCCACAUCAUGUACGUCGCGACAAGUGCGGGGCACAUCAAGAAGGUGACCGUAUUGCCGCGCACGAAAGAAACGUGCGUGAUCGAGAUCUGGCAACCGGAGGCGCUGCCCGAGACGCGCAUACGCACGCUGCAGUACGUGAAGGACACGGAAUCACUGUACGUUGCCACGGACCUGGCACUAAUGCGCAUUCCUUCAAACCACUGCGGACGCCACCUGUCACGGAGCAGUUGCCUCAACGCGAUGGACCCGUACUGCGGGUGGAACGAGCUGCAGGAAGCGUGUACGGUCGCACCGAACGGGGACACCCUGGCAAAGUACUGGGUGCAGAAUGCGACCGAGUGCCCAGUGCUGACGGCACCAGUCGACGGCGGCUGGUCGGCGUGGUCCGAGUGGUUCAAGUGCGCCCAGGUCAACGGGCAGCAACCGAUGCCGAUCGGCGUUGGGGAGAACUUCGCCCCCAACACGGACACGUGUCUGUGCAGGACGCGCACCUGUAACAAUCCUCCCCCGACGAACGGCGGCCAAGGAUGCAGUGGAAUGCACAUUGCCGUCACGAACUGUACCGUGCACGGCGGGUGGACGGAGUGGUCGGCUUGGUCCGCUUGUUCGCAGACGUGCGGUAUGGCGGUGAAGACACGGCGACGCACGUGCGGGAACCCGAAGCCGGCGCACGGAGGCCGAGUGUGCGUGGGUCAGGAUCGGGCCGAAAUCUACUGCUCACAUCUUCCGCCCUGCCCGGCACCGAAACAACCGCCGGUGGACGGCGGAUGGGGACCGUACGGGGACUUUGGCGAGUGUAGUGCCGUUUGUGGCGGUGGAUUCCGGAUCCGGCGCCGUAAGUGUGACAAUCCGGUCCCGCAGAACGGUGGCAUGGACUGCUCCGGAUGUCACUUCGAUUACGAGGUGUGUAAUACGCAACCGUGCCCGGACAUACGCAAGGCUGGCACCUGGACCCCGUGGCUCACCGUGGCCAAUGGGUCAACGGGUGGUGCUGGUGGUGGAUACGUAGAGAAGCGGUUCCGCUUUACCUGUAAGGCGCCGAUCGCAGACUCGGCGUUGCUUAAGAUUACGCCCAAGGAGGAGGUGCGAGUUUGCCAACCGGAUGGCUCCUGUCAACGAUCGGUCGAUCCGAAUGCCCUGACUGGCGCAGGAGGCGGAAUGGCCGGUGAAGAAGGAGAUGAUGGGUGGACCGAGUGGAGCUCCUGGAGUCCCUGUAGCGCGUCUUGCGGUGGUGGACAACAGUAUCGGACCCGAAGCUGUGAAAAGCUCGACUGUGCCGGGUUCAACCGGACGAAGCGGGCCUGCAACACGCAACCAUGCAAGGGUGAAUGGGGUUGCUGGACCGACUGGACCCCGUGCUCCGUGAGCUGCGGUACCGGAACACGAUCCCGCACUCGGCAGUGCCUGUCCAUGGCCGGUGGCAUCGCGCUGGAGAACGACUGUGAGGGCAAGAGUGUCCAGUACGAGUCGUGCGAGAUGCCCAGCUGUGACUCGUUCCUCGGUUGGGGCGAAUGGAGCGAAUGGUCGGUGUGCAACGCAGACAACGAAAAGGUACGGACCCGAAUCUGCCUCCAGCCGCACUCCGUCUCGUCCAUCGGGGAGCUCACGUGUCUGGGAAGCGAUCGUGAAAUUCGCGCCUGUGGCAACAUACAAAUCAAUGUAGAUGGUCCGCAGCCACCGGUGGCCAGAGCGUCCGCAGGGUCGUUCUUGAUCAUCCUUAUCGUCGUCCUGGCAACGGCGUUCAUUUGCUGUCCGAUUACUUGGUUCGCCACGAUGCAGUACACGAAACGUAAAGCGAAGGGCCUGAAGGCCAUCCAGGGUUCACCGUGCUACGGGUCCUACCCGAACCAGUACUCCUCGCUACCGACGAAAGAUUACACGGAUGGUAGCCACAAACCGAAACGACAGUCGUCCUUCAAGGGACCUCGCAAUGAUGCGAGCGGUUCAAAGCUUUCGAACGGCAACGGCACACUGGUGAAGUCGAUCAACGUGAACGGGGGCGCGAUCGGGAACAAUACCCCGAAGAUACUGGUGAAAUCGUUCAACGAGUCCGACACGGCCACGAUAAAGCGCAACUCGCACGGACCAAACAACAUCCGGCACGCGCGACAGCUCGAGAUGGACGAGGAUAAGUACUGACCGCCAGUUGGUAGUUUGUAAUGGGUGGCUGAGAAGGGACCUGACAUAGGAGAACUGACCAGCAAAAGAAUUGUUUAAGAAGGGUGAAAAAAUCAGAAAAGUAUUUAAAAAUAGCGAAAACGACAAAUUGUGACACUAUCGCCCCUCAUCGCAUUCGCAUGGGUAGAUGAGCGGUAGCGAAGCAGAAACUUGCAAUGCCAAUGUGUGCCAUUAGUGUAAAUGUGUUUCCAAACGUUAUGCGAUCUUCAAGCAAUUAAGACAAAUCAAAAUUUCAUGAUCAUCGAAAGUUAGAAGGAGACAUUUAAUCAAGUUGUUGGGUUUAGCAAAGAACAUUUGUUGCGUUUCGAAUAAGUCGCGGAAUCGAAUAGAAGUAAGCAAGCAGAGAAAAAUGAGACGAAACACUGUUGCAAAGAAUGUUGAUUUAAGGUUGUAAGAUUAAGCGCGGAAAUUAGUGAUACAUAGGAGAUAAUGCAGAAGAAAAGACAUGAUUCGGCGCGUUGCGAUGGACUUCCCGGGUGCGGCGAACUCCCGUAGCUCAUAUUGAGCGUAAAAGAUAAGACGCAUUUUAACAUAAUUUUCGUUAAACUGUUUAGCGAUUGAGAGAAGCACAGGCCGAAAAUAUGAAACGAAUUUCACUCCAACGCCUCUGGCCCAAACAAUCAUCGAUAAGACUUAAAACGAAAUCGCAAAGACACACAAUUUUUACGGAUAAGAAACAAAGAAUGCUUAUGGCUUUUGAUGAAACGAUUCAGUGAGCGGUAAUUGUAUGUAAUUGUAGCGUACGAUAAAAUUUGUUAACACACGCGCUAACCGUUCGCUAGGUUCGAGAUGUAAACAUCUACUUUGGCUUGUGAGAAAGCUUAGCAAUUGUUACUGCAAUCGGAAGUACAUUUCUGAAU